AUGGAGCGAUACUCUCAGUUCCGUGAUCGAGGCUCGGGCAUCGCGCCCUUCCUUCCAAUCCCCGCCGAACCUCUCGGCCUUCAAGCCCCUCUCCGUAUCUUCUUGUUUUGUUUCCGCCUCCCGCUCUUGAUCUUUGUCAGUCUUAGCUACUUCCUGAUCCUACAAUGGCUGCCCAUCGGUUCGCUGGGCAAAAAAGCAGCUCUAUGGUGUAUCCUCGGAGUCCCCAGCAUCUGGUGGGUUGACCUCCAAGUGGACGGAGUGCGCAAAGGGUUCGUACAGCCCUAUAUUUCCAAUAAACCCCAUCCCACUGAUCUAACAGCUCGGUGCAGGUCUUUAAAACAGCAACAAGCACGCCUUCCACAACCCGGCUCAGUCAUCGCCUCAUCCUUCACCUCACCCAUCGAUGCUAUAUACCUGGCCGCCAUCUUCGACCCGAUCUUUACCGCCUCCUACCCCAACACCCGCCAGGUCGAGCGCAUCUCCCUAUUCCAGGCUAUUCUGCGCGCCUUCGCCGUCCCAUCCACACAGCCAGCUCCUAAUUCCCGGAUGGUGGAUGUCUCGACCCUGGUCGAGCAGUAUCCCAACAGACCGAUUGUCCUGUUCCCUGAGUGCACGACCACCAACGGCCGCGGAAUCCUGACACUGAGCAAAUCACUCCUCGGCGUAUCUCCCCAAACCAAGAUCUACCCUGUCAGUCUGCGCUAUACCCCUAUGGAUAUCGUGACCCCGCUCCCAGGGAGUUACUUGAGCUUGCUGUGGACGCUGCUUAGCAAGCCGACUCAUUGCAUUCGGGUGCGCAUCGCGGAGUGUGUCACAAGCAGCCAGGCCGUGCUGGAUACAUCUCCUGCUCGAUCGAACAAAUCGACUUACACUACCAAUUACCUGGACACCUUGGAUCAAGAGCAGGUCUCGGCAAGCGAGAAGGCACUGCUGGACAGCGUGGCCGAAUCGUUGGCCCGUUUGGGUCGGGUCAAGCGGGUUGGACUGGGAGUGAAAGAGAAGCAGGAGUUCUCUCGUGCGUGGAGUCAGAGUCGUCGGACAUGGUGA